AUGGCCUACCGUACUUUAGACAUCACAAUUAUAUCCGCCGAAGGACUCGAUGAUGUGAAUCUUGUGACCAAGAUGGACGUCUACGUGGUGGCGUCGAUCUCCGGCGUCCGGAAACUGACCCGCGCCGACAAGCACGGCGGAACAAAACCCAAGUGGAACCACCACAUGAACUACUUCGUCGCCGAAUCAGCCUUGCAAAAGCCCGACCUCUGCCUAACCUUCACACUCCGGUCAGAUCGCGUCCUCGGCGAUAAAGACAUCGGCUACGUCUACGUCCCGCUGCCAGACCUCCUCGCCGGUAACACCACCUCCGAACGCGUCGUCGAGUAUCCAGUCCAGAAACCCCCCGAAGAGCCUAAAGGUACAUUGAAAUUCUCGUACAAGUACGAUGGGAAGUUUACUCCGCCGCAUACGGCUGCGCCGGCGAAAGCUCAUGAGCCUGUGACGGCGUAUCCAGCGUCUGUUGAUUCAAGUAAGGCCGGUGCGGCGGCGCAGGCGAAGGUUCAGGAGCCCGUGACGGUGCAUCCACCAAAUAUCAGUGUGAGCACCACGGUCGCGCAGCCUGCUAGGGUGGCGAUGGCGUAUCCACGGCCACCUUAUACUUAUCCGCCGCAGCAAGCAGCGGGGGGUUUCGGAUAUCCACCACUGCCGCAGGAGUAUCCGGUGCCGGCGAUGGCGGUAUAUGGGUAUCCACAACCACAAGUGCAGAAACCUAAGAAAAAAAAAGGAUAA